CAAUUUUCUUUUACGUCCAAAAGCUUAGCAUAUUUGAAAUAACCAGUCGAUUGUAAUUUGAAGAUAUACAAAUAUACACACCAUGCCAACUCAUAAAAUCACAAAUUUAUUUGAAAACCCCUAUAAAACGACUAAAGGAGAAUGUAUGAUUAUUUUUUUUCCUCCAAAAACACAAAAAAUCAGAUCUAAAAUCGUGAAAAUGAAAACUAAAUUUAUAAAAAUAUUCUAAAUAAAUUAAUAGAAAAUCCACUGAUAUAAAAAAAAAAACUUAAAAAAAAAUGUGCAGGAGGCUCAGAUCUAUAAGAAACGAGGCAAAUCGAAGCCAACGCCGCCAUGGCGGCUGACCGGUUGCACGUGAUUCAAAAACCACACCGCCGUCCGGGUCGCCACCAAGAUACGGCGGGUCUCUCUCUUUGCCCGAUCCAUUAGCUCAGAAAACAAAAGAGAAACAUCAUCACGGCCUCUUCAGUCGCCAGAUCCUCACCACCACCACCGCCAACUCACCCAGCGGAGAAUUCGCAACUGCAGCGUGAGUCCAAACACAGCCCCUUAUAUUAUUGCUCAAGCAGCAGAACAACAGCGAAAUACGUAUAUAUAUAUAUAUAUAUAUAUAUAUGCUUGUAUGUGUGUGUGUGUGUGUUGUAUAGUUCUCAGCUCGACUUCUCAGUCGCGAAGAGGGCUGUUUGUUAACAAAAUAAUCACCGGCAAACAGAGAGGGGCAACCGCCCUCGAAGAAAUCCUGCCUAACUGUUGCCUCAGUUUUGAUUUUUCUGAGCUAAUAGAUACCGGUAAUUGUGUGAAGAAGGCUUUACAUAGGAAUCAUUAUUCCGAAUCUACCCAUGUCCAAGUUUCGGAAAUUUCGGUUUCGUGAGCGUUGUUUUGGGAGAUGCAGGGGUAUUUAUGUAAAUGCCACGCAUAUUCAACGAUCUCUUUUUAUCUUAGUCAACAAUAAUAAAAUAAUGAAAUAAUAAAAAUAAAGAGGAAAACGCGAAAAACAUAACGAAUGAUCGGAGCUACCGACUGCCAUCUCUAGACUGUAAAUCUCUAAACCCCCUCUGUUACUCCAUAUCUCACUCUUCAGAAAUCGAAGCGGGAAUUGAAUUAAUCCUUGAUUUUUUCUGGGGUUUUCAUUGCGACACCGAUCCAAUAAAAGAAAUAGAAAUUAAGAGACAAAGGGUUUCGUGAUUUUGACGAAACCCGGACCUUUUUGGGGUUAUUAAAUCUGCAUUGAUGCUUGCUGCAUUGGGAAUGGAUCUUUCUCUCUUUCUCUCUUUCUCUCUCCUGAAUCAGCUAUAUAACUUGUUACUUGGCGCAUGGUAGCUGAGCUGCGUUGGAGGUUUUUUGCUCAUGCUGUGAUUGAUGCUGAGCCCUUCUCUCGUUUGUAGGGUGAGAAAGUGUUGGACAUUGGUAUGGCGUGGUCAGAAAGGAUUAAAAUGAAAUCCAAAAUAAAAUGGGCGGCGCUUGGGGGACUAGUGUUAUCAUUUACUUCAAUAUUGGUGCAUUUGUUUCUUGCAAAAUCGAGUGCCAGUCUUGUGCUGUACAGUGCAGUCACUGCUUUCACUGAGGAUUUGAAUCACUUUGAUGGUCCCAUCAGAAAGGGUGCUGGUUAUAGAAGGUUAUGGGGAAAAGUCAAUGCUUUGGAGCACUUACAGCCGUAUGCAAACCCAAGAAGUACUCCAUAUCUUGUUCCCAAUAAACAGAACCAUGGGUUCAUUUAUGCUAAAAUUCAUGGCGGCUUUGAGAAGAUUAGAACCUCGAUCUGCGAUCUUGUCGCUGUGGCGAGGCUUCUAAAUGCUACCCUAGUCAUACCAGAGAUCCAACAAAGCCUUCAAUCAAAGGGCGUCAGUUCCAACUUCAAGAGUUUUUCUUACCUCUAUGAUGAAGAGCAUUUCAUGGAAGCUCUGGCAAGUGAUGUGAUUGUUGUAAAGAGCCUACCAUCUGACUUGAUGGAGGGCCGGAAACAGAAACAAUAUCCAAUCUUCAAACCCAAGGGUUCUUCUUCUCCAAAAUUUUAUCUGCAAGAAGUUUUACCAAAACUAAAGAGUGCAAAGGUCAUUGGCCUAAUACUUAACGAUGGAGGAUGUUUACAGGCCAUUCUUCCCUCAAGCUUGGUUGAGUACCAGAGGCUCAGGUGCCGAGUUGCAUUUCAUGUGCUGCGUUUCCGUGCACAAAUUCUAGAGGUUGCAUAUCAAAUGGUAGCAAGGCUACAAGGUUCUGGUCAACCAUAUCUUGUUUACCAUCCAGGGCUGAAGAGAGAGACCCUAGCUUAUCAUGGUUGUGCUGAACUUUUUCAGGACAUACACACGGAACUCAUUCAAUACCGUCGAGCACAGAUGAUUAAACAAGGAUUAGUUAAAGAAGAGCUAAGUGUGGAUUCAUACGCUAGAAAAGGCAAUGGUUCAUGCCCUUUAAUGCCAGAAGAGGUUGGACUUCUCCUUCGAGCUGUGGGUUACCCUCCUAGAACAAGAAUAUACUUGGCAGGUUCUGAAACCUUUGGUGGUCAAAGAGUACUGAUUCCUUUACGUGCCAUGUACGCCAAUUUAGUGGAUCGUACUUCUUUGUGCAGUAAACAAGAGUUAGCCAAUGUAGUUGGCUGGGAAACCCAACUUCCCACAGAUUCUUAUGUAUUUCCACCAAAAAAGAGCGCAAAGAAACUAAAAGAAGAAUGGAACAAGGCUGGUCCUCGUCCCCGUCCUCUCCCUCCGCCUCCUGACAGACCUAUUUAUCGACACGAGAAAGAAGGCUGGUAUGGGUGGAUUGCGGAAACAGAUGCAGAACCUGACCCUUCCCCAAAUGAUUUAAGGGACCAAGCUCAUCGUUUGCUAUGGGAUGCUCUUGAUUAUAUUGUGUCUCUGAAAGCUGAUGCAUUCAUUCCUGGUUAUGACAAUGAUGGCAGUGGAUGGGCAGAUUUUUCCAGCUUAGUCAUGGGACAUAGGUUGUUCGAAUUGGCUUCGAGUAGAACAUACAGACCUGACAGGAAAUAUCUUACUGAACUCUUAAAUAGCACCAGUGAUCAUAUUUACCAUCCUCCACGCAAUUGGACUCUUGCUGUAAGAGAACACCUCAACAAAAGCAUGGGAGAAGAUGGCAUUAUGAAAGGAUUUCGUCGGGUGAAACCAAAGUCAUUUCUUUCCCACCCCCUGCCCGAGUGUUUAUGCACAACCAUCAAGCGUGCCGAUCUCGUGCAGUUGCAAAAGAGCAGUAAAUAUAAAAUCAUAUACGAAGGGCAAGAUGAGUGCCCUCAAGGAAUUGCACGAGGUCUUGAUGUGGCCGGAUCACGAGAGAGCAGCGAUGAUGAUGCUGAAACACAGGAAGAUGAAAUCGACACAGAUAUUCUUGAAUCAGAUCAGAAUAACCAAGCUGAGACAAUCCCCUCUAUGGAACAGGACGAGGAAAUGGACCCUGAUGAUUAAGAUCACUGUAUAGGUAUCACUCUGCUUGAUAUGGCCAUCAAUAUUGUUUUAUUAAGUCAAAAGAGUCGACAUUUUCGUGAAGAGCAUAGCUUAUCGAGGCAGCAGUGUAACAGGCGAUGCAUUGCGAUUUUGGUAGGCUUCACUUGUCGGGGUAUACACACAGGUUUUGGAUAUAGCUUUAGUUGAAUACAAAUGGACUGGAGCUCAAGUUGCUUAUUUUGCUCAACUUUACGUUUGGAGGAUAUAGAAGGAUGAUAAUUGAUAGAGAAUACGGCAUACACAUUUUUCUACACAUUAACACAUAGCAGUGUACAUUUUUCCUUCAGUUAAAUAUUUGAAUGAGUUUGUUCUCACAAA